AUGCUUAUUCAAAUGGUUGUGGCUGAAUUGGAGGCCAGGAAGCAGGUUCCUGCCUACAAUGGCCAAUCAAGGGGCAUACUAUAUGAGCAGCUGUCAAAGUAUGGAGACACAAAAUCCGCAAGAGCUAUCAUGCUCGUCGAGCUUAAGAAGCUAAUCGAGGAAAAUCCACUGUUUCGCAAAAAGUUACAGUUCCUGAACCUUAAAAACUCAAGACUGCGAACCCUCAUCAACCAAAGCUUAAACUGGCAGCACCAACUUUGUAAAACUUCAAGGCUGAACCCGGAUAUCAGAACCCUCUUCGUGGAUCACUCAUGCGGCAGUAAAAUGGAGCACGUGCUCCCUCACCAGUUAAUUAUCCCUUGCUUGGCGGGGCUGUGCCGAAACCCGGUGGCUUUCCUCUUCUCGCCCUACCAGCCUGCUCCGGCACCUGUCUUGACUCUUUUUGCUGGUUGGAUGUCUAAUCCGCCGACUGGAGUCAUCCGGCGGUUUCUGGUGGGCCCAUUGUUCUUGGUGCUCCACCAAUUCCAGCCCUACCAGCCUGCUCCGGCACCUGUCCUGACUCUUUUUGCUGGUUGGAUGUCUAAUCCGCCGACUGGAAGUCAUCCGGCGGUUUCUGGUGGGCCCAUUGUUCUUGGUGCUCCACCAAUUCCAGCUUCAAGUUGCCUAAAUGACUUAACAAUUUGUUGCAUUCUGCAGCUUCCCUUAAGCACCCAAGGACACCACCAACAAAUCCCGUUGAAUUUCCAUCUGCUGACUCAUGAACAUCCGAGUAAAAAUACCAGGCAGUUGAGAAUUUCUGAUCACGUAAAUCUUCCAGUGAAUGUUCUUCCGUUGUACGUUGAUAACUCAGUUGGCACCAAUCUAAGAGAUUUUGGUUUGUGGGAAGUUGGUUCUAGAGAGAGGCUCGUGCUGAGAAAUUCGAAGGAGUUUUCAGAUUUAAUAAAAGUGCACUGGCUAAAUGUGCUGCAACAACACUAUCCUCGAAGCUCAUUGGUGGCGAAAAGGAGUUUUUUUGCGACUAUGGUGGUGGAUGCAGUCAUAGCCAUAAGCCAUUGGAAAUGA